AUGGCACAUCCUUCCUCUCCUCCAGACGUUGACUCUCUGGAUGUCUUUGUUGUUGGAGCUGGCAUUGGGGGCUUAACAGCAGCCAUUGCACUCCGCCGUCAGGGACACCGAGUAACAAUCUAUGAGCGGUCUAAAUUUGCGGUGGAGAUAGGAGCAGGAAUCCAUAUUUCCCCUAACUGUGCGCGCAUGUUGCAUUUGCUAGGAUUAUCAGUAACUAACCUGCAAUCUGUUCCUCUUACUGCCAUGAAACGAUACACGCCAUCGGAAGAGCCGCAUGACUAUGUCAAGACCAGUCCGGUUGCAGGUGCACCGACAGUCCUCGCACACCGUAAUACACUUCAUGCGGCCUUGAAAGAGUUGGCGACCACGACUGAAGGCUCAGGCCUCCCAGUAGAGAUAAUUCUUAACUCACGUCUGGUGGACCUCGACGUCGAAAAGCCUUCCGUGACAUUAUCGACCGGUGAAGAGAUCAUCGCUGAUGUUAUCCUCUGCGCUGAUGGUGUAAACUCCUGGGCGCGAUCUUUCAUAGCCCCCGGCCAUUUACCCAAGUCCUAUGGCAUGACCUGCUAUCGGUGGCUGGGCCCAUAUCAAGAAAUGAUAUCUGAUCCUCAAACUGCACAAUAUAGCGCCACAGGUCAUAUGCACGAAUGGAGGGGCUAUAAUCGAAAGCUCGUCAGCUACCCAUUAGCUGAUCACAAGCUCUUAUACUAUGGAGCGUUUGUGCCAAAUGGUCGUCGUGGCGCAUCGAGGUUAGAUUGGAAACAAACCGGACACAAGGAUGAUCUGAUCAAGGCAUUUGAUCGAUUUGGCCCCGGUGUCCAGCGUAUUUUGCAUUUGUCGCCAGGAGAACAGCUGAUGUGCUGGGAUCUCCAGGACAUGGAGGAGCUCCCAAACUGGACGCGAAAAUGCGCCGCAUUGGUCGGGGAUGCAGCUCACCCAUUACUGCCAUUCUUAGGUCAAGGGGCAGCUAUGGCCGUCGAGGACGGACUAUCUCUGGGGGCCGUUCUAUCUUCGGGGGUCAAGAAAUCCCAAAUUCCUGAGCGAUUACGGCUUUACGAGCGAUGCCGAAAGUCCCACGUUCGCAAAAUCCAAGAUGCUACUCGUCAAUAUGGCUGGGAGCUGGAUUUUAGGAAAGGUAGUGGAAAGACAUAUGAAGAGCUCAUGGUAGUCAAGAGAUUCUUUGAGGGCCAUAAUGAGUGGGAGCAUUCAUUGAGACAGAUGGAUUGUCAGAGCACAGUACAAGCAGCUAAACUAUAA